AUGACAUUUCACAAGAUUCAAGACAACAAUGAAAAACUAACGAUCAGUUCAAAAUCAGUUCAACAAUCAUCAUCUGACUCCGUUUUGGGUGCAUCUAUUCGUAUUGAUGAAGUGAUGAGCUAUCUUAACGAAUUUCAGCGUAUUGCUACUGCUUAUAAUGGAACUCGAGCAGUCAAUACACCUGGAUUUAAUGCAACAUUCGACUAUAUUAACAACUAUCUAACUGCUAAUACGAAUUAUAAAAUAACAAAGACUUUUUUCUUCUUGAAAGAUUUUGCACUUGCAAGUAAUCCGAUAUUAAUUUCAUCGAUUAAUGGUAUCAAAAAAAACUAUACUUAUUCAACCAAUCCUUCCAGUGCUGAAUUUUAUCAUGUUAAAUAUUCAACAUCGACUAAUUUUUCCAACAAUAUUCAACUUACAGUUAUCCCAAAUGUAGGCUGUUCAGAUGAUGAUUGGCAAAAAGCGAUUCCACCUCCUCAAGGUCGAGUAGCACUUGUCAAACGUGGAAUAUGUGCAUUUCGAGACAAAGCUAUACUUGCUACUAAAUAUAAUGUAGCUGCACUUUUGCUAUAUAAUGACGGUACAUCACCUAAUCAUGUUGCACCAUUGGAAGUUAAUCUUGCUCAAGAUAAUGCUAUACCUGCUCUCUUUCUUUCGUUUACUAUUGGUCAAGCUCUUGUGAAUGCAGCUCAAAAUUCGUCAACAAAUACUACUGUACAGUUAGUUAUUAAUGUGAAAGAUCUGCCUAACUUUCCUGUAGGAAAUAUUUGUGCUGAUACUCCAACAGGUAAUGUUGCACAGACUAUCGUCAUUGGUAGUCAUAGUGAUAGUGUAGCAAAUGGACCAGGUAUCAAUGAUAAUGGUAGUGGUAGUGCAGCUAAUCUAGCUCUAGCUGUUGCUCUUGCUCGUCUUUUUCGAACAUCAACAUAUCCCAAAUAUAAAUAUCGAGUACGAUUUUGUUGGUGGGGUGCUGAAGAACUAGGUCUUGUUGGUUCAGAUUUUCAUGUCAAACAAGCGAAAAAUUCAUCUAUUAUUGGUGAACGUCUUCAAGAUUAUCUAAUUAAUCUUAACUAUGAUACAAUUGGUUCACCUAAUUAUAUGUUUGGUAUUUAUAAUGGUCGUGCAGCUAAAAAUGAUACACCAUUACAAGCACUUCCUGGUAGUACAAAAAUUACAGAUUUAUUUCAAAAUUGGUUUAUUCAACAGAACUUACCAUGGGAUUAUAGAGAUUUGGAUGGUCGAAGUGAUUAUGCUCCAUUUUUAGCUGAAGGUAUCGUUGCAUGUGGAUUGUCUGCGGGUACGGAUGGUAUCAAAACACAAAAACAACGUGAUCGAUAUGAUCAAAUGCUUGGUCAAGGUUUGGGAGGUAUUGCGGGUAUUAUGUAUGAUCCUUGUUAUCAUCAAAUUUGUGAUUCGAUACAAAAUAUCAAUUUGUUUGGUUAUGAGAAGAUGGUACAAGCAGCUGCUUAUGUUUUAGAAUUCCUAGGUCGAGAAGAUGAUUUAAAAACAUGGUUAUAUCCAUCUAUUGAAAUUCAACGCUUCACUGGUCGAUCACACAAAUCAUCACGGCUCGAGUACAAUUCGAUUAACGAAUAUUUUGGAUUGCCUUAUUAUUGA